AUGGCAGAUAUUGGCACUACAGAACCCCAGCUAGAGGACAUAACCGACCCUUUGGAUGAGGAUGGAGAGUGGGAUGAGGACGAGAACUACGACGAUGAGGACCUCGAUGGGGAGACAGAGGAAAUGGCUCAACGUCUGCGAGAGCAACUCAUGGCUGAUAUUAACAGAGUCAAUGCAGCUGCUGCAGCUGCCGCAGGUCCCCCUCCUGACUUGCCUUUACCUACGCCUCUACCUGCUAUUUCUCUAUCUCGGAAGGAAGAGGCCAUUCUCGGUACCAUGAGGUCAAUUCUUGCAUUUCUCGACAAAGAUACACUUGCACGCUCUACCCUGGAAUCCACCGUGUUGUCAGGAGUACCGGGGGACAAUGUCUUUCAUGUACUACAGGCAACAGUCAUGACCGGACGCGUUCCGAAGGAAAUCGCGAUGCCUCUUCAUCAUUCUUUGAUGUCUCUUGCGCGGUCGGAGGCUUUGUUCGGAAAACUGCGCCAUUCAGACGCUUCUUCUAUUCAGCUUGACAUAGGCAAGCGGAAGCGAGCGGAAGAGGACGAAGGAUUGCAGGCUGAUGCUAGGCCCCCGAAACGACCAUUCGUCCAGUAUGACCUGAACGCUCAUGUAAUCGAGGCUGUUGGUGUUGUCACUUCCGUCCAACUCCAACUCCAUCACAUAUUUCUCUUUUCAGUGACAUCAGCUCCACGCGGAGGAAGUGGAAUGAAUGCUCUCCAGGAGAUCGGCGGUCUGAUCCAGGUGCUUGGAGUGCUCAGCGGUAUCCAGAUUGGUCAAAAUUCACCUACUCAAUCAACCACGUUCGAACUCUCAAUUUCAUGGCAUCGUCUUCGCUCGCACCAGCGUAUCCAUGGCGUCGAGCGUCCUUUUAGAUGCGAACACUGUCCCGCUUCAUUUGCUCGUAACCACGAUCUAAAACGGCACGCUAAAUUGCACGACAAAAAAGCCUGGAAAUGCUCCGGUUGCGAUAAAAUCUUCUCGCGUAGGGAUGCAAUUAAGCGACAUCAAAAUGUCAGCCGAAACCAUGGUACCAAAGGCGAAGCGUGUAUUGGGGCCAUGGUGAUUGAGGUGGAAAACGACGAUGAUGAAGAUAGCGCCCGGGAGGAGAAACGAGCCAAAUUGUGGAAUGGGAUAACCACAAGUCACUCUUCCGGAGCUGCUGGAGAAACGGAAGAAGGAGAGAUUGAACCCUCCGUGUUAUCAGCGCUGCAAACGACGGUGCUAACACUGCAUCCGCUCUUGCAGACCCACGUCUCUAAUGCUCUUGGAGCCAAUGCACUACAGACGGCGGCGCAGCCUGUCGAUGCCGCAGGUAGCCAGGCAACGCUCGCGAGUGUCAUUGCUCGAGCACAGCAACAAAAUGGCGACUCAGUUACACCUUCUCAAAGUGCAAAUCAAUCACCUCCCCAACCACCCACCAUGCCCUCUUCUACGGCGGCACCCGCUUCUCUGCCAGCCGUCAAUAGAGAUGGUGAAAAUGCAUCCGCUAAUCACGCUCAGCCACAGUCGCUCUCUAUGUUCGGUCUAUCAGAUGCGCAAACUCAAAUGCUGGAACAAGCAAUCGCUGGAGCAGCUCAAGCAGCUCAAGCUCAAGCAGAGGCAGAGGCGGCGCUAGAGGAAGAAGAUGACGAUGAAGACUUAGACGAUGACGGAGAAUACGAUGAGGAUAAUGGCGAGGACCUAGAACUCGUUUCCAUUCCCCCAGCUCCUUGA